AUAAGACCACGGUCACGAGUUCGGGUGACCAUAACUGCUGAGUUCUCCCUUAGUUUUGCCUACCAUAUUGCUUUUCAAUCAUGUUGCUGUUGACUUUCUUCUUUACUGUUCUAAGCUUGUCACAGUGUGAACUCAACUUCAACUCACUUCCCUCUGAAGUCGACUGGAGAGACAAGGGCGUUGUUCCUCCCGUCACUAAUCAAGGAGCAAUGGGCUGCUCUUCGAAUAUCGUAGCUACAGAGGCUAUUGAGAGCUCCAAUGCUAUUCGCACUGGUCAUCUCGUCUCCCUCAGUACCGCAGAAAUCGCGUCUUGCUGCUCAGCAAACUGCACACUAUCAGGCGUCGCAAUUUUCGACUGCAUUGCCAAACGUGACGGCUUGUGUUUGGAAAGUGAGUAUCCUCGCGUUACAGACCGCUGUGAGAGCGACCGCUGCAAGCCUUUUGCGAUCGUCACCGGGGGAGUUCCGGUACCGCGGGGAGACGAAAAAGCUCUUGCAGAGGCGGUAGCAAAGCAACCGGUCGUCGCAGCUAUUGACGUCACGAACGCAUUUAUGAGCUACAGAGACGGAGUGUUUGUUGAUCAAUUGUGCUCACAAUCGAAAUUGAACCACAUGGUACUUGUGGUCGGAUACGGUACCGACAAUCAAGGAGUCGAGUAUUGGAUUGUGAUGAACAGUUGGGGCAAGGAAUGGGGAAUGAACGGAUUUGUGCUAAUGGCCCGCAAUAGAGACAACAUGUGCGGUAUUGCAUCAGACGCCAGUUAUCCCUUGUGUUAAACAUGCUACAUUAUUGAUUGUGUUUGAUAGUGCUGUGUAUCUGGUAAGCGUGUUGUCAUAAACUUUGAGUUAUUAA